AUGAAUUCCCCACCAGACAAUUGCCUUGAAUUCAAAGACGACGAAGCCAAGAAACGCCAGAGUCUACGUAUAAAGAGCCAUGAAGCACCUUUAGCUAAACCCAAGAGAAAGCGUAUCUCUCCAGAUCAGUUUAGAGUCCUGUCUGACCUAUUUGAAAAGACUGAUACUCCUAAUUAUGAGUUGCGAGAGAGAAUGGCUGGAAGGCUAAAUAUGACGAAUCGUGAGGUGCAGGUUUGGUUUCAAAACCGUAGAGCAAAGGCCACCCGUGCAAAGAUCCUCGAUAGUCCGCGUAGAAUCAAGCACCGCCCAGAUCCUUUGCUUGUCUACCCUUAUUCAAAACCUGUCUUUUAUGCAAAGCCAAUCACACCCGAUGAAGACGAACCUGAGCGUCUAUCUCCAUGCAAUACUUCCUGCUCAAGUCUUUCCUCCAUCGCAACCCCAACAUUUAACAUGUCACCAAUCGAUCUCCUAGCCACAGCAGCAGAAUACGUCCAACGCUGCGAUGAUGAAAAACGACAAGCCCAAGAAGCUGCCCAACAACGUCGAUCAGAAGAAUCGCGUAGUUGGAGGCCUUGGCUUUAA